AUGCUGGUGGGCAGCAUCAUGCCAGCCUCGGGCUCCUGCUGUUUGCACAAGAACACGCUGGCUGGCAGCUUCAGUUACCCCAAAAUUGUGGCCCAUGUGUGGAUGCCUGGUACCACUGCCAGGCUGGAGGAGAAGCUCACCCAUGUGGAGAAGUAUGAGACAGUGAUGCCACAGAAGGUGCUGGCGCCUCGAGGGAAGAGGGACCUCUCCACGCCAUCAAGCAUCCACCCGGAUCGUGUCCUCUACAGCGUCCAUGCUGAAGGCAGGGACUACCUCCUGUGGCUGGAGAAGAACAAGGAGCUGCUGGGGCAGCACUACACUGAGACGCACUACUUGGCCGAUGGCACGGAGAUCACAGAGAAGCCGGACAUUCAGGAUCACUGCUUUUACCAGGGCCACGUGCAAGGCUACACCAACUCGGCAGUGAGCAUCAGCACCUGCAGCGGGCUCAGUGGGUUUUUCCGAGUGAAUGAGACCACCUUCCUGCUGGAGCCCCUGGAGGAGGACACGGCUGGCCGGCAUGUAGUGUACAGAGCAGCUCACCUGCGGGGGAAGCGCAGCACGUGCCAAGAGUCUGGUGCCACCCUGGAAUAUGACCACGAGCCAAAAAUUCCUGCAGCCAUGAAGCUCUACCGCUGGAAAUCAGCUCCGUUACAGAAAGGUCCCCGAUAUGUGGAGCUGGUCCUGGUCGCGGACAAUGAGGAGUUCAGGAAACACAAGGACUUGCGCACAGUGCAGAACCGCAUGAAGGAAAUCGUGAACCAUGUUGACAAGCUUUAUCAGCCUCUUCGCCUGCGGGUGGCCUUGAUUGGCUUGGAGGGGUGGAGCCACAAGGACAAAAUCGUGGUCAGUCCCAACCCAGAGUUGACACUGGACAAUUUCCUCCACUGGCGGGAGGUUGAGCUGCUGCGGAGGAAGCCGCACGACAAUGCCCAGCUGAUCACGGGCAUAGACUUCCAUGGCACGACCGUGGGGCUCGCCAAGAAGCUUGCGAUGUGCACCAGGGACUCAGGCGGUGUCAACCAGGACCACAGCACGAAUCCUAUCGGUGCUGCAUCCACCAUGGCUCAUGAGAUGGGGCACAACCUGGGGAUGUCUCAUGAUGAAGAUGUUGCUGGCUGCCGCUGUCCCAUCCCCAAAGCUGAUGGAGGAUGUGUCAUGGCAGCGAGUGUUGGCUUGGUUUACCCCAAGCUCUUCAGCCGCUGCAGCGAGCAGGACAUGUGGCAGUUCCUCGGGGACCCCAGGACCAGCUGCCUGCUGAAUGUCCCCAGGGCAGAUGAGCUGUACGGGGGGCCAGUGUGUGGGAACCAGUUUGUGGAGCGGGGAGAGCAGUGCGACUGCGGCACACCAGAGGUGAAGGCUGCUGGUGUGCUCUGCCGGGCCAGCAAGAAUGACUGCGACCUGCCCGAGCACUGCACUGGCCUCAGCGCUGAGUGCCCGGAGGAUGUCUUCCAGGAGAAUGGCAUCUCCUGCCAAAACGGCAAUGGCUACUGCUACAACGGGGCCUGUCCCUCACACGGCGAGCAGUGCCGCACACUCUGGGGCACAGAGGCCCAGGUGGCUCCUGAUGUCUGCUUUAAGCACAACAGCGAGCAACACCUUCACCUCCACUGCCUCACUGAAUCUGGUGCUCAUGGCUGCUUCUCCCACAGGGAUGUGAAGUGUGGCACGCUGCUGUGCCUGAGUGACAACGCCAGCCCCGUCCUCGGCGGUGGCUCCUAUUCCCUCUUCUUUGGCCGCUUCAAGUGCAAGGCAGUCAUUGCCAGCAACGAUGCCAAUGAGGUGAUGGCCAAACUCAGGCUGGUGCCCACCGGUGCCAAGUGCGGAGAGGAGAUGGUCUGCUAUGCUGGGCGCUGCCAGAACCUCCUGGUCUACGGCAACAAGAACUGCUCGGCCAAGUGCAACAACCAUGGGGUGUGUAACCACAAACGGGAGUGUCACUGCGAGCCAGGCUGGGCAGCGCCCUUCUGCGAGCAGAAGAUUUCAGGGGUGGUGGCAGGGAGCAGCAGCAUGGUUUUGGCGGCUGUGCUGGCCGUGCUGGGGCUCUCCGGCAUCCUGCUUGGCAUUGGCAUUGUGCUCCUCAGAGGCAGGGGGACGACGCUUUUCCAGAAAGGGUAA